AUGAAUAAUCCAAAUGAUUCUGAGUCAAACUUGGCAAUAUUUAAAGAUGCUUCAUACGAUGAUGAAAAUAGACCAAAUGAACUAUCAGAAUUUUUGAAAUUGAUCCCUGGACUUACCUUUACUAGCUAG